AUGGAGGAUUGCAAUCCGAUGAGCACACCAAUGAAUCAAAAACAGAAACUUUGUAAAGAAGAUAGAGUCGAUAAAGUUGAUGAAAGGUAUUACAGGAGCUUGAUCGAAUGCUUAACGUAUCUCACUGUGACAAGGCCGAAUAUUCUAUUUGUUUUAAGUCUCUUAUCUCGUUUUAUGCAUUGUGCAAGUGAGAUGAAUUUAAGAGCAGCAAAAACAAUAUUAAGAUAUAUCAAAGGAACGGUUGAAUAUGGCUUAAAGUUUGAGAAGUCUCAAAGCUUCAAGUUGCUUGGUUUCUCGAAUAGUGAUUGCGUUGGAUCCGUUGAUGAUAUGAGAAGUACCUCAGGACAUUGUUUCACCCUAGGUUCAAGAAUUUUUUCAUGGUCAUCUAAGAAGCAGGAAGUUGUUGCACAAUCUACUACAGAAGUUGAAUUCAUAGCAGCAACGGCAGCAGUAAACCAAGCCCUAUGGCUGAGAAAGAUCAUGUGUGAUUUUCUUAUGGAACAGAAUAGCAGUACUGAGAUUCUAGUCGACAAUCAGGCCGCUAUUGCAAUCUCAAACAAUCCGGUGUUUCAUAGGAAGACCAAACAUUUCAACAUCAAGUUCUAUUUCUUAUGA